AUGGACGGUCAUCCUACAGAAACAGCGGCCCUGAUACAACGUCCAUCUGAAACUCUAGAAUCCAACUCGAGAUUCACCCCCUCCCAAAAACGCCUGAUCAUCCUAGCCGCAUCCCUAGCAUCGGCUUUCUCCCCUCUCUCCUCAAACAUCUAUUAUCCAGCACUCAACAGCCUCGCGUCCGAUCUCCACGUCACGCCCUCCCAAAUCAACCUCACUAUUACAACUUACAUGAUCUGCCAAUCCCUGUCUCCAACCCUAACCGCCACGCUCUCCGAUACGUCUGGCCGCCGCCCCGCCUAUAUCCUUUGCUUCACGCUCUACAUCAUCUCCAACAUCUCACUCGCACUCUGCAAAACCUAUCCGUCCUUGCUGGCUCUCCGCGCCCUACAAAGUACCGGGAUAAGCGGGACAGUUGCGCUCUCGGCUGCUGUUGCAGCUGAUAUCAUUACGCCCGACGAGAGGGGGAAGUACAUGGGAUUUACCUCGCUGGGGAAUAUUCUUGCGCCAUCUCUUGGACCCAUUCUGGGUGGGGUUUUAAGUGAGAGUCGGUUUGGGUGGAGGGGCGUCUUCUGGUUUCUGGCGCUGGGCGGAGGUGUAGUCCUUCUAGGGCUGGUGGGUUUGUUUCCUGAGACGAAGACCGAAACAAAGAAAAGGAGACAACGCCCAGAAGCGGCAACAGCAUCAGCAGAAGAAGAGGAGGAGGAAGAAGAAGAAGAAGAAACAAGAAGCCAGAAGAGAAAGCUCGUACUCGCCGUCCCCAAUCCGCUUAACUCCCUACGGAUGUUAUUCCACUUUCCCACAGGGCUGAUUCUACUCGCGAAUGGGAUUGUUUUCGCGAGUUACUAUGCCGUAACAGCAGGGAUUCCCGCACAGUUCAAACAGAUCUAUGGUCUUUCGGAAAUGGGAAUCGGAUUUGUCUUUAUACCUACAGGACUUGGGUCGUUGCUAUCCGCGGCGUUUAACGGGGUGGUUGUUGAUUGGAAUUAUAGACGGUCGAGGGAUCAAUACAUCCAGGAGGUUUCUAAUAUGAGUGAGAACUCAGGUGCAGAUACGAAUAUGGAAAAGUUUCCUAUCGAGCGAGCACGGCUUCAGAUUGGUGCCCCAAUGACAGUAUCUUCCACCCUUGCUGAGUAA